AUAUUUACGCAACAGUUAGAGCGUGUUUGCGAUGGAGCAGGCAGUUUUAUAGUGGUAGAUACCACUUUAAAAAUUUUUUUAUAUUUUUAUAAAACUUUUAAACAGAUUUAUCUGCAACUACCAGUAUUCUGAAAUUCGAUUUUGUAAUUAAAAUAAUGGGUUUAUUUGUGAUGCAAAAUUUCCAUGGAAUAAUUCUGUUUAUAUGGAUUGUAUCUAUUCUAACCUUAUCUAAGAGUGAUGUGGUUAAAACAGAUGGUACUGCACCUUUGACAUCUGCAUUAAAUGCAACUUCUGUCCACGCAUUUCCAAAAAAUGAACAUCAGACAUUACCCUCAUCAGUUAAUUCAACAUCUGCAUCCGUUGUUCCUACAAAAACAUCGAACUUUCAGAAAAAUGUUACUACUCCUUCAGUUGCUGGAGAAGGCGGUCCAAUUUCAAUACCUUCUACUACACAAGACAUGACUUCUUUCCAUUCACCAAAUGUUUCUAAAGAAGAAAAUACUCAGAAUACAGAAAAUAGAAAGAAUACCAAAAUUGUAUCAAGAAAGGGAGCAAACGAAAUGCUAAAUACAAAACAAGAAAAUGUUGCUGACGAUGAAGUAGCAACGCUUAAUGAUACAAAGCUAAUACCUGAAUCUUCUUCAACAGCAAGUAUUCCUCAUAAUAAUGAAAAACCUAUUGAUCUUAAUACAAACGCUUUAAAAUUGAAUACUACUACUCUAAAUAAUACUUUAAAUGCUGUAAACAUAACGCAAGAAAUGUUAUCGAAAAGUACUACUGUAACAGCGUCUUCGGUUCAAGAACAUCGACCAAAACCAACGGCUACAGUAGUAGGACCUAACAGUGAUAAACGAGCAUUUAUAUCGCAUACGAAAGGUUUGCAUUUAGGAAUGUCGAAGAAAAUUAAUUAUGUUUUUCCAGUUAUUGUUACUCUCAUAGCUCUGCCGAUAUUAGGUGCUAUUAUUUUCAUGAUAUAUAAACAAGGUAGGGAUUGUUGGGACAAAAGACAUUACCGGAGGAUGGAUUUUCUUAUCGAUGGAAUGUACAAUGAUUAAUAUUUAUAAAAUCAUUUAUAAAGUUAGCUCGCAACAAUGCUUUUCUAUACUCAGUAUAAAAUGUACACUAAGUAAUCAAGCUUCAAUCAUAUAUAUCAAAGCAUUUACAUAAAGAGUUAUAAAUCUUUUUGUUCUGCCGUAACUUGCUCCGUAUAUAUUUUUACUAUAUUACUGCCGUGGUAUGAGAUUUAUUACUUGAAUUAUAUAAUGUAGACAUUUUUAGGCAAAAACUAUCGUUCAUUUGUCAAAUUUGAAAGCCAGAAAGGUACGUGGGAAAGACAAUAUGGAAAUAAUAAUUCCAUUUACACAAUCAUGGUAAUCAAAAUACUUUAUUGAAUGCUAUAAAUAAAGUAUUUCAAAAUGAGCUUUGAUUCGAGCAAGUUUUGCAAACUUAUUAAGAUGUACAGUUUUAUACAUAUGUAAAUAUAAAAACGAUUUUUGAAAUCUUUUUUAAUUACAAAAUUCUGUAUAAAAAUAAUUUGUUAAUAAUUUGCGUUAAUUAAAUUUGAAGUUGAAUAUUUCUAACAUAAAAGUAAACGUGCAAAGAUUUAAGAACAAUGUUAAGUUUUUUCUUCGCGGGUUAAAAUAACUUUUCAUGGUGCAAUUAAAAAACAAAGUUUAUUUCAAAUAAAUUUUGUUAACGAUAAUAUUUCCAUACAAUUUCCUUUUCGUUAAAAUUUUUUUUUCUCAAUUUUAGUAAAAAUUCACUGUAUAUUUAUAAAUUGUAAAAUAAUAUCUAGCCCACCAAAGAAAUUUGAUUUGUGUAACAAAAUAUUUGUAGCUACUAUACUAAUUAUUUUAUGGCUUUACAUUUUCAUUUUUGUUAUUAAAAAAAAAUUGU